AUGGUGGGGAGGGAAGUUGAGAAGGUUAACUACUCCAUCCCCGACCCCGGUCUCACCGACCACGGCAUCAAACAAUGCGGCCAGCUCCGCUACAACCUCUUCCAGCGCUUCUCCUCCUUCGAGGGCCGCAUCGCCGUCAUCGCGAGCCCGAUGGUGCGCACGCUGCAGACGGCGAGUUUGGCUGCCGAUUGGCUCGUUGAGCGCGGUGUGAAGAUUGAGGCGGAUGCUGAUUGGCAGGAACUCUCAGCCAAGCCCUGCGACACCGGGUCUCCUCUCUCUCUCCUGCCCCUCAUCAAAGACAACCAGACCAAGCACCAAUUCUCAUCCCCCUGCUACGACUUCUCCGCCAUCCCACCAGUCUGGCCCGACAAAACAGAGGACCCGUUAGCUAAAAACCUCUUCGGAUAUACCCGAACGGCAGUCUUACGUCGUGGUCGCCGCUGUCUCGAGAAAUUGAGCAAGAGACCCGAAGACUUGAUCUUUGUGUUUUCGCACUCGGCGUUUCUGAGGUCAGGUGUGUCUGGGUGGUGGUAUUAUAAUGCGGAUUACCGCAUUUUUACUUUGGAUGAGAAGCUGGAGUUGAAGAUUGACGAGUCUACGCUGGAGGGGGGGAUGGGGUGGUCGUGGAAUAAGAGGGCUGAGUUGGGUAGUGAGGUACCGGAGGAUGUGACGGAAGAGGAGAUCAUUGAGGACAAGAAUUGA